CUCGGGCCGGGCAGGCGUUGAAGACGAGCCCGGGCGGGGCCCCCUGCGCGUCGUGCCUGUCGCCUGCCGUGUCCGGAGCAGAGGCUAGCGCCCGCCCGCUCGGCGCCCCGAGCCGUAAGAACCCCACCCUGCCGGGCGUGGGCGACGGCCGGCCGGCGGCGAGCGGUGCAGCCGUCGCGGGGCCUCGCCGCGGCCUCCAGCGCCCCAGUCACGGGGAAUGCAGUGGCCCCCGACCCCUGGCGCCUCUGCGUGUCUGGGCUGGACCUCCUCGCUCGCCUGCUCCACGGCCGCGACGCUCGUGGGCCGAGCCGGCCGGGGCCCCCUCAUGGCGGCCAAGUGGUUCAAGGAGUUCCCCCUGAACCUGAAGACCGUGUCGGAGCGGGCCAAGCCCGGGGGCGGCGGCGGCAAACUGCGCAAGAACUCGGAGGCGGGCGGCGCUGGGCCGGGUCCUGGCAAGGGCCGCAAGAACUCGGCGGCCGAGCUGGGGAGCGGCAGGGCCGGCGUCGGCCCCAAGGACAGCCGGCUGUCCCGCGACAGCCUGCAAGGUCUGAUUCAGGCCGCCGCGGGCAAGGGCCGCAAAAACUCCCGGGCCAUGGAGGAGGAGCCCCACCGGGGUGCGACCAAGAGCUCGGGCUGCAGCACCUACAUCAACAGGCUUAUCAAGGUGGACACUCAGGAGAAGAACGGGAAGAGCAACUACCCCAGCAGCAGUAGCUCCAGCUCCAGCUCCUCUUCCUCCGCGUCCUCUUCCCCUUCCUCCCUGGGGCCCGAGCUGGACAAGGGCAAGAUUAUUAAGCAGCAAGACACGGUCAUCAUUUUAGAAGACUAUGCUGACCCUUAUGAUGCCAAACGGACAAAGGGUCAAAGGGAUGCAGAGAGAGUCGGAGAGAACGACGGUUACAUGGAACCAUAUGAUGCACAGCAAAUGAUAACAGAAAUUAGACGACGGGGUUCCAAAGAUCCCCUGGUGAAGGCUCUCCAGCUGCUUGACAGUCCCUGUGAACCCGCAGACGGUGGCCUGAAGUCAGAGACCUUGGCCAAAAGACGGAGUUCCAAGGACCUCUUGGGGAAGCCGCCACAGCUGUACGACACUCCCUACGAGCCUGCAGAAGGGGGGCCCAGGGCAGAGGGGAAGGCGCGGUCCCCAGACAGCCGGCUGCCCGAGAAUGACGAGCGGCCCGCGGCAGAGUACGAGCAGCCAUGGGAGUGGAAGAAGGAGCAGAUCGUGCGGGCUCUGUCAGUCCAGUUUGAAGGAGCUGAGCGACCUUCCGUCAGGGAGGAGACAGUGAGGCAGCACCACCGGCAAAAGAGCUGGACCCAGAAGAUCCUGAAGCCAGCCCUCUCGGACCACAGUGAGGGAGAGAAAGUGGACCCGGGCCUGCCCCUGGAGAAGCAGCCCUGGUAUCAUGGUGCCAUCAGCCGUGCUGAGGCUGAGAGUCGACUACAGCCCUGCAAAGAAGCUGGUUACCUGGUUCGAAAUAGUGAGUCAGGGAACAGCAGGUACUCCAUUGCCCUAAAGACUAGUCAAGGAUGUGUCCACAUCAUAGUGGCUCAGACCAAAGACAACAAAUACACACUGAAUCAGACAAGCGCUGUGUUUGACAGCAUCCCUGAAGUGGUACACUAUUAUUCCAAUGAAAAGUUGCCUUUCAAAGGGGCAGAACACAUGACUUUACUCUACCCAGUGCACAGCAAGCUUCACUAAGAUUCAGCCACUGCAAGCCCUGGGCCUCUGGCACCUGCAAGGGCAUCAUCAGCACACAACCAGCAUCUCAGAGGACAAGGCUGGACUAGCAACUGCUAGAAAAUGGGAGUCUUCCUUGAAAAGUCAGAGAGUUGUUUUGUUUUGUUUCGUUUUGUUUCGUUUUGUUUGAGACGAAGUCUCGCUGUGUUGCCCAGGCUGGAGUGCAGUGGCGCGAUCUUGGCUCACUGCAACAUCUGACUCCUGGGUUCAAGCAAUUCUCCUCCUUCAGCCUCUCAAGUAGCUGGGACUAUAGGCGUGCGCCACCACUCCCGGCUAAUUUUUUUCUUUUGUAUUUUUAGUAGAGACGGGGUUUUGCCAUGUUGGUCAGGCUGGUCUCGAACUCCUGACCUCAGAUGAUCCACCCACCUCAGUCUCCCAGAGUGCCUGGAUUACAGGCAUGAGCCACUGCACCCAGCCGUGUCUUUGGUCUUAAAGUGAUUCCAUGACACUUUGUGACCCUGUCCCUUGUUUCCUUGCUAAGUAGUUCUACAAUAAGAAAUCAUGAUUUAGCUGUUGCCUCCAGCUCUGGGGUAGGGUGUUCUUUUUAUGGUGUGACCCUCAGGAAAGUUAAGUCAGGAGUUCAGGAGCAUCAGAGUUCUCCAGAAAUGUGCCUACUUGUUACCUGGAAUACCUGGUCUCUAAACAAACCAACAAAAAACCCACAUGGCUUUUCCACAUGAUGGUGCAGACUGGAAGAGGAUGUUAUAUUGGACUCGUUAUUGGGGAAAUGAAUGAGCGGGAGACAAUGUGAAUGACGGGCAAGAAGGUUGUCUUUCUCCCUCAGAAGUCCUAAUUCAGCUCUGGAGUUCAUGGAAAUCCACAACUUCAGAGUGUGACCUAAGGAUUAUUUUGUUGGUCAGCCUUUCCAAGAAAAGUGUGUGUUCUCUCUAUCUCUGUGGAUUUUCUCAUUUUUUAGCAAAUCAGUGAGAUAAGCAUAAAUAGGAAGGAAGAUACCCCAGGUUUAUUUUAUUUUUAUUUUUUUUUUGAGACGGAGUCUCGCUUUUUCACCCAGGCUGGAGUGCAGUGGCGCAAUCUCAGCUCACUGCAAGCUCCGCCUCCCGGGUUCAGGCAUUCUCCUGCCUCAGCCUCUCCGAGUAGCUGGGACUACAGGCGCCCGCCACCACGCCCGGUUAAUUUUUUGUAUUUUUAGUAGAGACGGGGUUUCACCGUGGUCUCGAUCUCCUGACCUCGUGAUCCGCCUGCCUCGGCCUCCCAAAGUGCUGGGAUUACAAGCAUGAGCCACCGCGCCCGGCCGAUACCCCAGGUUUAAGAAUCACCAAUAUCAUUAGGCAUUGGCAUCAUUGUUAGAAUUCUGAAUUAUAGAAUAAAAGGUACAACAAAGAUUUCAUUUCUGAAUUUUAAAAUUCUGGAAAUUUGCAAAACUCCACAACUAUUUUUUUGCUGAAUUAAUUACAUAGAACUUCAGUGUCUUUUGUUUCAUCAUCGUUGGGCAUUUUAGUUGCUGUGGAAUAAUUUUUAAAUUUUGUCUCUAAAAUUAGAUUUGCUUUGUGUUUGUAGUAAAUUUUAAAAAAAUGCAACCCUGAGAUCUGAUUGUAUGAACUGGGUCUCUAAAGCCCACAAAGAUUCUCUCGUUCUGUACCAAGCGGACUGCCUUGUACUAUACAAAAGUGUUUGAAAAGACCUAGAGGUUUUCUCUUAAAUACCAUUACUUAAGAUUCAUAGUAUUAGGAUCUUUAUGAUUUAUCAUGAGCUUCUAUCACCAGUUUAUUUACUGUGAAAAAAACCAUGGGAAUGGCAUACUGUGAGAAGAGUACUAUGGUGAGUGGCUCCAGAAUUAAAAUUCAGCAGAUGUGUCUGUAUUCUGGAGUUGGUCAUUUGGGUCUCAAAACUGCCCCAGAUGCAAAUGUACUGACUGUCAUCAAUGAAAAGUUAACCUUUGUAGCUUAUAAAUACACACAAAAUGUUGAUUUGGUUAAUUUUUUAGGAAAGUAUACCUUUCUAGUUACUAGUUAUAUUUGACUAUAAGAUUUAGAGGUUAGUAAAUUUUUGCUUCUUUAUUCAGAUAAGAUCUCAGCUAAAAGGUUGUGUGAUCUUUGAGUUUAAAAAUUUAAGAGGAACUUUUCCUCACUGGAACACAAUGAUUUUAUUAAUAAAUAAUGUAGGCUGGGUGCGGUGACUCAUGCACGUAAUCCCAACAGUUUGGGAGGCUGAGGCAGGCAGAUCACCUGAGGUCAGGAGUUCUGACGCCAGUCUGGCCAACAUGGCGAAACCCCAACUCUACAGAAAAUACAAAAAUUAGGCCAGGCGCGGUGGCUCACGCCUGUAAUCCCAGCACUUUGGGUGGCCCAGGUGGGCAGAUCACAUGAGGUCAGGAGUUUGAGACCAGCCUGGCCAACAUGGUGAAACCCCGUCUCUACUAAAAAUACAAAAAUUAGCUGGGCACGGUGGCGGGCACCUGUAGUUCCAGCUACUUGGGAGGCUGAGGCACGAGAAUCACUUGAGCCCAGGAGGUGGAGGUUGCAGUGAGCCAAGAUCACGCCACUGCACUCUAGCCUGGGUGACAAGACUGAAACUCCAUCUCAAAAAAAAAAAAAAAAAAGCCUGGCCUGGUGGUGGAUGCCUGUGGUUCCAGCUAUUCGAGAGGCUGAGGUAGGUGGAUCACCUGAGCUCAGAAGGUCAAGGCUGCAGCGAGCCGUGAUCGCAGCACUGCACUCCAGCCUGAGUGACAGAGUGAGACCCUGUCUCAACAAGCAAACAAAAAACCAAAAGGAAUUUUUUCAGAUACUGAUAGAAUGUUUUCAGUGUGUAUUGGUUCAUUUACUAUAUCUUUAGUGUAAGAUUUUAUUUUUUUAUUUUUAUUUUUUUUUUAAUUUUUUUAUUUUUUGAGACGGAGUCUCGCUCUGUCGCCCAGGCUGGAGUGCAGUGGCGCAAUCUCGGCUCACUACAAGUUCCGCCUCCCGGGUUCACGCCAUUCUCCUGCCUCAGCCUCUCCGAGUAGCUGGGACUACAGGCGCCCGCCACCACGCCCGGCUAAUUUAGUGUAAGAUUUUAAAAGGUUUUUUCAGCAUCCAUUCAACAAAUAUUUAUUAUCUUUAUACAAAUUAUUCAUUGUGUUAAACUUAUUUUUAGUUUAACAUUCUAGAAAUGAAACCUUUUUACUUAACCUUAUUCUACAAAGGGAAUACAGCAGUUAUUUUAAUUUUAAUAAAUGCUAAAAGCUU